GCUUAUCACAGUUUUGCACACACUGAUUCCAAAAUGUUAACCUCAAUAAGCUUGCUGUCAGACAGUUUCUCCUCUCAAAUGAUUGAUUGCCCACCUCUAUUUGAGCCCUUAAUAAUUCCCCUCACUCAGUUAUAUAACUAGAUAAAUGUUACUUUCCAGCAUAGCCAAGCUUUCACAACAGAUCACAUAUUUUGACCCAGGAACUCUUCUUCCUCAUUAGCCUUUCCAUUGAUGACUGCUCGCUCUUUAGCAGGAAAAAUAGCCUCUCAGCCUGGGCUGAAUACUGCUCCCAUAUCAUGGAAACUAGCAGUUUCGUCAAUUCUACAGAAUACCGAAAGCACGUUGACUUUGUGCUGAAGGAGGAGCUUGGAGAGAUACAUGUCAAUAUCCCUGAGUUCUUUGACACAUACUUUGGAAAUAUUCCACAACUCACUGCAGCUUCACAAGCGUUGUUGAAAGGGUGCAAGAGAGGAGACAACUCACUUUACAGUGAAGAGAAGGGCUGUCGGGGCUGGCCUGAACUUGUGACAGAAAAAGAUGUUCUGGGAUGGCUGGCUAACAUCAUUGCUGAGCUUGUACAAUUAGCUGAAGCACAAGAGCUGUCCUGGAAGAUUGACUGCAGACCUCUCACACAGCCAAGCCAGCUACUACAGAGGUCUAUCGCGGAGAGAAAGCUCGAUAUCGGCUUUGUUGAUGAUUCGAUGAUCACAGAAGACUUCAGAUGUCACUGGUCACAGAUCCUGGUGUCAGGAGAGCUGAAGAAUGAUCUGAAAUAUGACAGGAAAUCCAGGGCAUGAUUUGAUCUUAGCAGAUAUUUCAGGGAGGUUCUUU